AUGGCUCUUGAAUACCUAUCCAGCGACAUUGUAUUUCCUUCAGACUCUACUGAGCCAAAGUUGGCGACAACAACCGUCUCCAAACUGCCAGGCCCAGUCGAUUGGGCUUUUCACGAUUAUUACAGCACGGCAUGUGAGAAGGCAAGCCUGCCGGUUCAUUCGAUCACCGACUAUGCCCAAUGGACAAAACACCACGACGACGACGAAGUGGACAACGACGCCGGUGACAGCAUUCUGAAAAAGAGCAGCACUCAUCGAACAAAACAAGACGAGCAGCUACUUUACCUUUUCGGCAAACGAUCUGCAACGGCAGCAGCACCAGGAGCAACAACAACAACAAGUUCACCACCGCCGGUACCACAAUCACCUAGCGAGACAACAGCAUCUAAUUUACGCGCCGCGCUCUGCGGAGCACUGGAACAUGUGGAUAACGCGAUGCAAGACAAUCACCUUACUCGUCUCGACAAAUAUACCCCUACAAGCUACCAAAGCAAUAAGGAGUAUCGAUGGGAGGACGAAGUCCUGUAUGGCUCGUUGAGCUUUGCACCGGAAGCGGCUUCCGGAGGCGUCGGUGGCGUCGGUGCCACUGGAGCCGAUUUGUUUCUUCCGACAUCCACAACACCAAUUGGCGCAUCAGAAGCAGCACACCAUCGGUUCCAUGAUGACCAUGGCGACUUCUUAUACGAGCGACGCUCUUUAUCAGACGACGAUGACGACGACCUGGUGCUCGGUAGUCCUAACAGUAGCAGCCAUGGCGGGCCUGUCCUGUUGAAUUCUUCCGGAAUCACAUCCUACAUUACAUCCUCCAUCCAUCCUCGUCAUGAACAACCGCCAUCUGAACCGGCGUAUUAUCCGCCAUUGGCUGCAGCUGCACCUUCACCAGCAGCACUGUCACCAUCGUCUACUGCUGCACGUGUCGAAAUACCGCCCCCACCACCUGCCGUCGAAGGCAAGCCGACUAUUGCCAAGUCCAAAGUGUGGCAAGGUCUCGUCGGUCGUCUUAAAAAGAACCUCGCAAAGCCAUUCAGACCACAGUCGUCAUUGUCAUCAGCAUCAGAAGCUCUUUCUGCUGCUACUACUACUACUACUACGUCCGCUGGUACAGCACAUUUUUCGUCGAGUAGUAGGUCACCACCUUCUGCUCAACCACAUGGACGGCUCAAGCGGUUGCUUUUUAAACCACGUCAAAAUUAA